AGAAAACAAGAAAACAACCCACCACAAAGAAAAGGCAUGGCCCCUUCCCAGCAAGAAACACAAACCAAACCUAAAACCCACGAGGAAGACGAGGAAACGUUCGCAAACGCCAUGCAGAUGGCGCUUGGCUCGGUGUUUCCGAUGACCAUGAAAGCCGCCGUGGAGCUCGGCCUCUUCGACAUCUUAGCCGCGGCCGGCGGUUCUGACCUGUCGGCGGCUGAGAUAGCAGCCAGGCUCAGAAACUGCACCAACCCAGACGCACCUAAAAUGGUGGAGAGGAUCUUCCGGCUCCUCGUUAGCCACGGCGUGAUCCGUUGCGCCGUUUCCGACGACGGGGAGAGGCUGUACGGUCUAACCGCUGUGGCAAAGUACUUUGUGACCGGUGAAGACGGAGUCUCGCUCGGUCCGCUCAUGGUCCUCCUUCAAGAUAUCAUCUAUCUGCAGAACUGGACUCAUCUCAAAGAUGCAGUAUUGAAAGGAGGAAUACCAUUCAACACGAGCCAUGGGAUGCAUGUGUUUCAGUACCCAGCCACGGACCAGAGGUUCAACGAGCUCUUCAACAGUGGCAUGUUCCACCACACUUCGGUCGUUCUCAAGAAGGUUCUUGAGACAUACAAGGGCUUUGACCAAGUCAACCGCCUCGUCGAUGUCGGCGGCGGUGUCGGCGUCACUAUUAACAUGAUUGUCUCCAAGUACCCUCACAUCCAUGGCAUCAACUACGACUUGCCCCAAGUCAUUCAAAACGCCCGUACCUAUCCCGGAGUGGAGCAUGUGGCGGGUGACAUGUUUGAGAGUGUUCCAGAAGCAGAUGCUGUUUUCAUGAAGUGGAUAAUUCAUGAUUGGGACGAUGAGCACUGCCUGACGAUGCUGAAUAACUGCCACAAAGCGAUACCGAAGACAGGGAAAGUGAUAGUGAUGGAUGCGGUGGUUCCGGAAGUUCCGGAGGCAACCUUGUCGGCUCAGGACAUAUCUCACAUGGAUCUCUUCAUGAUGACGCAAUUGCCCGGCGGCAAAGAACGUACACGGCAGGAGUUUGAAUCUCUGGCUGCUGACUCUGGAUUCGCUGGCGUUAAAUUCGUUUGCUCUGCUCGUAAUUUUUGGAUCAUGGAGUUCUUCAAGUAGUUACAUUGUUUCAAUCCGACAUUGUUGCUUUUCAUUCUCAUGUCUGUGUUCCUGUCUCCGCCUGCAUUCGCGUUUGUAUUUUGUUUUUUUUUUGUUUUUAGUUCUGAUCUGAUCCGAGUUGUUCAAUCUGUUUUUGUGGUUUUGGCAACGAUGUUCUAGUAUUUGUCUC